GGGGCAGGUUUGGAGGGCAGCGAAAGCGGCGGAGGGCCUCGAGGGGAAGCCAUAGGAGGAGCGGCUGAGGUCACUUCGUCUGGUCAGGCCUGAGAACGGGAGACUGCGGGCAGAGCUCAUCGGGGUCUACUGCUCCUCCCGAGGGACAGAGGAGAGACAGCUCGGAUCCCUGCUCUGUGUGACAGUGACAGCACCCAGGGAACGGCCGGAGCUGUGUUAGGGGAGGUUUAGGCUGGAGAUCAGGGAAAGGUUUUUCCCCCAGAGGGUGCUGGUCACUGCCCAGGCUCCCCAAGGAACGGGCAGGACCCGAGGCUGCCCGAGCUCCAGGGGCGUUUGGACAGCGCUGGCGGCACGGGGUGGGACUGUUGGGGUGUCCUGAGCAGGGCGAGGAGUUGGACUGGAUGAACUUUGUGGUUAUCUUCCAACUCAGAAUAUUGUUUGUGUUUCUGGUAUGACGUCAUUCCCCAGUGACACCACCUCGCAUGACGUCACCCCCCCUCCCGUGGCCCAGUGCCCUCGGCUGCAGUGCGGUCAUGUCGCGUGUCCUGCGUCCCACUGCCACCGCCAGCUGGGACCAGGGCUUUUCCACGAGUGAACCGGGAGCAUACAGGGGCUGCGAGGUCAGGGUGAUGUUAAGUGAAACUUUGUGCCUGGUCGUUUUUAGCUGACAGGACAAAAAUACCUGGUUUGGUGCACAGCCGAUGCUGUGUCGAGGCGAGUUAGCCCAUGACAGGUGUCAGACAGCCAAGGGAUAAGCGCAGCAAAGCACCGUGUCCUGUUAGGCAGCCAAGGGAUGUGCAUGGGAAAACAACAAAUCCCAUCAGGCUGCAGUGAGGCUGGCCCUGGGGUGCUGUGGAUUUGCCUCUUAGGUUGGUUUCUGGGCUGUGGGUGCUGCCACUCCCCCGCAGAACUUUGGCUGGUGCCAGCAGAGGGUGAGUCCUCCCUGCAGCCUCUCCCGUGCUGCAGCACCCGGAAUGGCUCUUGUCAGCACCGUGCUGGCUGUGUUCAUAAACUUCCCAAGAGUUCCUGUCUGCAGGGCUCUGCCAAAUGCGUCUCCCUGGUUUGACAGAGGGUCAGAGGGGGCUUGCAAAUGGUAUUUCUGCAAGACAUCAGCAGCCUGUGCGCUGUCAGGUGUGUCUCGGUCUAUUGCCUCACGUUACUCCAGUUUUUUUUCCAGUUUUACUUCCAGUUUCCACUUCAAAUAUUGUUGGUCUUGAAAGUGCAUUUGGAUCCCAGACAUUUUCCAUCACAGAACAAAUCAAGAGCUCCUCUCCUGUCUCAGAGCAAUACAGACAGCUUAAUAUCAUAUGACCUCAUUUCUCCAAAUUAAAUGAAAGAAGAAUUUUCACUAGCUUUCCAUGAAGCUCAGCUAUUGCCUGUUAAUUUUGACUGUUAGUGCUGGUCUUUCAGCUGGAUUCACAGUGGAAAAUGUAGCUUUUAACAGGACAGUUGCUUUUAGGUCUUUCAAUGCAUCACUUCAUGCAGUGUCUCAAGCUUUAAUAAGUUCUCCAGCACACCAUGAUAUCAUAGCCAAAGAGGGGAGCAGUAUUUUAAUUGAAUGUAAACUGAACAUCAGCCAGUAUGAACAUAUCUUUUGGUAUAACUCCAGAGGACACCUGCUUGAACAGAAAGAUGAAGAUGACCGGUGGAGGAUUGCUGAUAAUUCCCUCAACAUCACAAAGGUCAGCUUUGCCGACCGGGGCCGGUACAUGUGUGCAGGCAUUAAUCAUAACGAGACCUUGUACUACACAGUCACCCUGAGGGUUAUCUUCACCUCAGGGGACAUGAGCAUCUACUACAUGAUUGUGUGCCUCGUUGCCUUUGCCAUCACCCUCAUUUUGAACAUCACCCGCCUGUGCAUGAUGAGCAGCCACCUCCGCAAAACGGAGAAGGCCAUCAACGAGUUCUUCCGCACAGAAGGGGCCGAGAAGCUGCAGAAGGCUUUCGAGAUAGCCAAGCGCAUCCCCAUCAUCACAUCUGCCAAAACGCUCGAGCUGGCCAAAGUCACUCAGUUUAAGACCAUGGAGUUUGCUCGGUACAUCGAAGAGCUUGCCAGGAGCAUUCCCCUCCCGCCUCUGAUCCUUAACUGCAGGGCGUUCAUGGAGGAGAUCUUCGAGGCCGUGCGGGUGGACGACCCAGACGAGGUGGGCAAGGAGGAGAAGCAGCCCCCCGGCUGCGGGGCGCCGGCCGCGCUGUUCCCCGGCAGUGCGCCCAUCAAGCGCAGCCAUUCCCCGGCCGGCGACUCGGACGAUGGCUCCCUGAGCGAGCAGGGCCAGGAGAUCGCCGUGCAGGUGUCCAUCCACCCCCAGUGCCAAGGGCACGGCAUCGACACCGUGUCCCACGGCAGCUGCCACUCUGUGCCCGCUGAGGAAGGCACCUGCUGAGCACAGUGAGCCACGGCUCAGGGGAUCCAAGGGCACUGUGAGAAAAGGGUCUGCAAACAAGCUGCCUCAUCCCAUGUGCAAAAGAGUUUUCCAGAUUGCGAGGGUGCCGGAACUAGUUUGCAGUGUGUAUUUUCUGUCUGUGUUGAUUUAGCAACUCCAGUCUGCUAGAAAAGGCAUAUAGAGGCUAGAAAGGCUAGAGAAGGUUUGGAAUAUUGUGCGGGGGCUUUUCUUUCUAAAGCAGGCUUGCUAUAUUUAAAAUAGUUACAAAACAAGAAUUCUUUGUCCUUGGCUCCUUGGUAGCGUUUGAUACUUCAGAUCUGUGUGAGAAGUGACCAAGCUGAGCAGUACAACUUGCAAUAAGAACUUUUCCUUUGUGAGCUCCUUCAUUAUUCACAAAGUUGAGCUGAAAUUCCUUUGAGUCAGUGGUGUUGUCCUGAUGAACUGAGUUCUGUGCUCUUUUUGAGUUGCCUCUUGGUGCGUGUAGUCCAUCAGAACCACGGUGAGCUUGAACAAAUCUGUUUUGUGUCACAUGCUUGUGUUGCUAUCAAAAUGUACUGUACUUAGAAAAAAAUAGUGCCAGGAUCUGCUGCUGGAUUAAAUGAAUUGUUGUAGUUUCAAAGCAGCUUAGAGAACAACCAGGAGGUCUCAAGUUUUCUGUGCAUCUGCAGGAAACUUGUGGGUAUUCUAAAAGCUUGUUGCUUAAACUUGGUGCUGAUUGCCAAAGCGCCUUACCCUGGUCCUGUCCCACAGAAUGGAGCAGUGAUAGCACUUCUGGCACUGCCUGGCUUCUCAUUAUGCUGAUUUCACUCACUAUAGAAAAUCCAAAGUUUUAUAUUGUGUUUGACAUUGUGGCAAGAAAAGGAUGACAGUAAUCACAUCAUGGCAAAACUAAGAAAUGAAUUCAUCAUCUACAGACAGGUGUCUGAGGCACAUCUUCCUGAACAGCAUUAUAAUAAAGCAGGUGAAAAGUAGUGACACUGAGUCGCUCUGCUCUGCCUGGUCCUGUCAGAAGGCAGUGGCAGAGAGAGUGGGGGCUCGCUGAGCUGUUUGGCAGCCACUGCUUGCAGGAGGGGAGUGACUCACUGAUGGAGCCCAGCCUCUUGUGCUGCAGAGGUGGCAGAAGGGAGCUGCAGCUGCUGACAUAUGUGCACAAGUACUUCACCAAGGAUCUCGCACCUGGCUUCCUCAGCUGUAGAGAUCCAGCCUCCAGGAAUCAGAGUGCAGACGAGAAUCUACUUUCUUCUUCCACUCUUCGGUGCUGUUUUUUUUUUUUCUCCUUAACAUUUGUAUCACUUAAAUAGCAUUUUAUAUCCUGUUGAGGUUUAGUAGAUGUAAAGCUUGUAAGCACUCCACAUAUUAAUUUCUUACAACUACUGGAAGCAUAUUGCCAUAUAAUUUUAACAGCUUGGCAACGGGAGUGCCAUUUAAUUUCACACAACUCUUUUUUCUUUCCUUAUUAUUACAGAAAUGUCAGUUGAACAAGUGAUUCUGGAGGACUGCUCAGGAUUCUUAAGAGGAUUUGACAUUACAUUUACAUGAGUAGAGGUGGAAAACAAGCAGGCACAGUGGUAAUAGCAGGGUGGGGCUGUCUGUGGUAAUGCAUGCUCAGAAAGAAGGGGCUGAAUGAAUUGCAGUUACCAUAUCAGAGACAGGGAAAUGACAGCAUCUAUUACCAUCUUAAACAACCUUCUGGGGAAAUUCCUGCAGUCAGCCACCAGUUAAAUCACCCUAGUUGCCUUUGGUCUGUCAGGUAAGAGUAGUGUUAGUCAGGAAGGAAAUUGCUAGCCUUGAUUACAGUAACAUUCCCACCAGCUUGGUGCCAUUUCCAAGGCUGUAGCAAACUUUGUCUGUUUCAGGGGAAUAAAACGUGUUCAUACUUUGAGUAGCUGCCUAAACAGUGGCUUCUUUUUUUGCUUCCAUGGUUUGAUGGCACUUUAUGUCCAGGUGAAAAUUUUGUAUAGUUUUGUGUAAACUGUCUGGUUUCUUUUUUGAGGUUAUCAGUGUUAAAAGAUACUCUGUGGAUAAAUAUCUAUUUCUCUUAGAAGAAGGAAGCUGCUGGCUUCAUUUCUGUGCUACAAUGGGUUCUGCAGGUUUGUUGCACAUGUGUAAGGGGAGAUUUGAGAGUUUGCAGCCGACUGGUUGAAAGAGGUGAAGGCCACAUGAGAGAAUGGUUUGUUUCAAUCUCCUUUGUGCCGCAGGCCAUCAGAAUGUACCUGCACCUGCCUUAUUUCCCUAUAAACAGCUCUCCUUGCUUCUCUGGAACUGUUGCAUGUUGCAUGAUAUGCAACAUACGGAUGUGUUACCCCUAAAGACACACACAGUGAGAGAUGCCACUACAAAAUCGAAACUAUUUAAUUGCUUCCUAAGAAGCGGUUAUGAUUGACAGAUGUCACAUCAGAAGUGGCAGCAGAAUGACACUGGAGGUGUGUCAGGAGAGCUGUUUCAAGACUGAUUUGAUCUCUUUUUUGAUUUUUAUACUUUCUUUACAUAGUUCCAAGUUCUUAAUGAGCAGUUACCUGGUGUCUUCAUACAUCCUAUUGCUGGUUGAGAGGAAAGAGUGACCAUGCAUAAAGGUCCUCAGAAAUGCAGUUGCAGUGUCAAUUGCUGGAUAGCAAAGCUGAGAAUUUUCCUGAAUUACUACAGUAUUUUGUUCCUUACAUGAAUUUCAUGCCUGGAAAGGAGGUUGUUUUGUAAGGAUAUCAGGAGUACCUUCUGAAUAGAGGAGCUGAUCCUACUCUCACUGAAUUCAAUUAGAGAGGAUUUGGAGCUCUGUGUAUUUUACAGGAUUUUUAUGUAUCUGAAAACAAGGACAGAGGUGAUGUUAAAUGGUAAAAGUGAUUUCCAGAGAAUGAAAUUUGACACCAGUUUCCAAACAACUAUUCUUGUUACCCUGAGAGUAGAUGUGUGCACUUAAUGUCUUUGAUGAAUCUAAUUGAACAUUAACAUUGAAAGUGUUUCUCUCUUAACUCUUUAUAGGAUGAGGAGAAUCUACAGUAGUUUCCUUGCUUUAAACUAAAGUCUCUGACAAUCAGAAGGCUAUUCUAUCUCUUCUUUGUGACUUAUUUUAAAAAACAUAAAAUCUACUUGUUAUCCAAGAGUACAUAAAACUAACUUUGUAGUGAUUAUUUGUAUUAUCUGGAUUGUAAUGUAACUGUUUAAUGUAACCACAUAGGAUUUCAUACUUUCAUAAAAUGAAUUGGUAGAUUUGCAAAAUAAAUUGAAAAGAAAAA